AUGACGGAAGCGCCAUGCAGAAGAACUUGUGAUAUAAUUAGCAACCUCCCUGACGAUGUAACUGAUGUCAUUCUAAUGUGUUUGCCUCUACAAGAUGCUAUAAGGACGAGUAUUUUGUCAAGGAAAUGGCGGUAUAGAUGGGCAAAAGUUCCAAAACUAACGCUUGAUCACACACUAUGGGAAUAUAUAUCAACCCGCAAAGUUAGAACUAGGCUUACUAGUAGGAUUUUGUAUCAUUUGUUUUCACUUCGCCAAGGACCAAUUAAUGAGUGUAGAAUUUCCAGUAUUCCGGAACCAAUACACUUCCACGAGAUUGACAAAUUGAUAUUUUUCGUGUCAAGGAAUGAGCUUGAGCAACUCGUGCUUGAACUUCCAAAGGGAGAAAAGUACAAAUUGCCUUCCUCAGUUUUCACAUGUUCGAAGAUGAGGCAUUUAACACUUCACUAUUGUGUUGUCAAUCCUCCACCUACCUUUCAAACAUUUAGUAAGCUUAUUCGCUUGCAAUUGCUUAAUGUUGCUAUUUCUGACAAAUCUCUUGAGAAUUUAAUCUCUUGUUGCCCAAUGCUUGAGGACAUGGAGCUGGAUAUCGCAGACCCUUUGAACUAUAUUGAAAUUAAUGCUCCUAAACUAAGAUCCUUGAACUUUGGUAGCAAAUUAAAUUCUAUACGCUUCAAGAAUACCCCUCUUCUUACAGAUGUGUCAAUAAUUGUGGCGAAUGAUGUAAAUCAUGAUUCUGUAAAUAGAGGAACAUGUAAUCUUGUCGAAUUUUUUGGAUCCUUGCCUGCUUUGAAGAAUCUUUGCUUGGGUCAUUCUAUUAUCAAGACACUGAUUACAGGAAUAAUAGAUAGAAUUCCGGUGAAGCUUCCCAUGCCUCUUGUCAAUCUUAGACAGAUUUACCUAUUCGAUAUUUGUCUUAGUGAUCUAGAUGAAAUCCGAUGUCUUCUGUGCUUGAUAAAAAGCUCUCCAUAUUUGGAAGAGAUAAUUAUCAUUAUUAAUCAGGCAAUUAAUAAAGAAGGAGGAGAUGAUCUUCCUGCUCUUAAACUUUUGGAAGCUCAAUAUGAUUCAGGCAUAAAGUUGAAUCGACUUACCAAAGUCAGAUUGAUAGAUGUAAAUGGAACAAAGGUAGAGAUGGAAUUUAUCAAGCUUUUGUUGGCCACGUCUCCGAUGUUGAAAAAAAUGAUGAUAUCUCCUUACUAUAUUGAGCCUGAAUCUCCUCAAACAUUAGUUGAGAUACUGAAAGAGGUCAACAAAUUUCAGAGGGCGUCAUCUCAAGCAAGAGUCUUUUUUUGA